AUGCAGUGGCCUUUUUCAUUUUUCCUAAUCGCACUUGCAGCUGUGGAUACCGCUGCCCAAGCAACAGGUCAAGAAGUAGAGAUCCUGGUUGGCGCGGGGUGCGCAUUCUCCAAUUACUCGACCUUGCCAAAUGCGACCAAAAGCGAGCCUUCCUAUCGUCUACAGCUUGACCCUGGGCUCGGGGAGGGCAUCUACGUGCUGCAUUUCACGCACUUCAACCUUCCCGAAUCCGAUCGUCUGGUACUUGGGGCUUCCGGAGAUCCAGAGACGACACCAGCGGUGGCCGUGCUGUCGGGAAAGAAUGCAACGGGCAACUUUCACUCGACCGCGAUAUCGGGGAACGGAGUCGUCCUGGAACUAUUCAAGACUCCGGUAUCCGAUCAAUCCAGUUCGACUUCGUGUCGAGGCUUCACCGUGGACCGAUUGCUCUUUACCCCGAAAGAGCUCGUGGAUGAGGCGCAGCACCUACAAGUGGCUGUCAAUGUAACGGGGUGA